UGUUUCUGGCUUUUUAUCAUAUAGGCCUAUCUUGUACUCUCGUGUUUUGAAAACGCUGGACGUUUCUUGCCCACAGUUGGGUACAUAAAAUACUUUUGUACGGAUACUGCAUCAUUUUAUUCACUAUUACCUGCAGCUUAAUGGAAUUGCAGCUGGAUAGAAUUGAUGCGUUAAUUGGCUAACACCUCGAAGUUUAGCCGAGUGCGACUGAGUGUACUAGCUGGAACUUGUGAGGGAAGGGAAGAGAUAAGGACGCGAAAGAAGACAGGAAGACCAAACAAAGUUACAAAACUGAACAUGAGGCCAAACGGCAAUGAGGUUGCUGAAGCUGGGGGCGACACUGCAAAGUCAACCAAAUCUACAGAGAAAACUCCUAAUGGAAAAAUCAAGAAGAUAAAAGCGCCAAAAACUGAGAAGCUGGAAUCACCAAGCAAUUUCAGUAGUCGUGAGCCAGAUGAUGGUAAUUUCACUACAAAGAAGAAAGGAGUGAAAAGAAGAAGAACCAAGGAUGAACCUGCAGAUGUUCCCACCAGUGAAGCACUAAAAAACGGCGGCAAACAUAGAAAACGGCAUCAUUCAGAGGAAGAAAGCGAUGGAGAACCUCUGAAAAAGCAUGCUAAGAAAAAAACUAAAACGGAUGUGAAGAUAGAGGAAGGAGAGCAGCCGAUUUCCAAAAAGUCUAAGAAGACAAAGGAGGAGAUUAAAGAAGCAAGAGAAUUGAAGAUUCGACAGAAGGAAGAGGAGGAACAGAAGCGCUGGCGAUGGUGGGAAGAAGAGAAGUAUGAAGCUGGGGUAAAAUGGAGGUUUCUGGAACACAAAGGGCCCUAUUUUCCGCCUGACUACCAGCCCCUACCAGACAACGUUCACUUCUACUACAAAGGGGAUCCAGUGAAGCUGAGCCUGGCAGCUGAGGAGGUGGCUGUGUUUUUUGCUCAGAUGUUAGAUCAUGAAUACACCACAAAAAAGGUUUUUCGGGAGAACUUCUUCAAAUCUUGGAGACGGGAGAUGACGCAUGAGGAGCAGUUGUUGAUUCAAGACCUUGACAAAUGUGAUUUUGGAGAGAUUCAUGCAAUGCAUAAAGCCAAGGUAGAGGAAAAGCGAAACUUAAGCAAGGAGGAAAAACUGGUUUUGAAAGAGGCCAAUCAGAAGAUAUUGGAGGAGUUUGGCUACUGUACGCUAGACCACCACAGAGAGCGAAUUGGCAACUUUAAGAUUGAACCUCCAGGGCUGUUCAGAGGUAGAGGCGAGCAUCCCAAACAAGGCAAGCUGAAGAAAAGGAUCCAGCCUGAAGAUGUCAUAAUCAACUGCAGCAGAGAAUCCUGCAUCCCUGUACCUCCUGCCGGCCAUCACUGGAAGGAAGUCCGCCAUGACAACACUGUGACAUGGUUGGCCAGUUGGACAGAAAACAUCCAGGGGAGCAUUAAAUAUGUCAUGCUGAAUGCCAACUCCAAACUCAAAGGUGAAAAGGACUGGGAGAAAUAUGAGGUUGCUCGCAAACUGAAGCAGCAUGUGGAUGGCAUCCGUGAACAGUACCUUAUUGAUAUGAAGUCCAAAGAGAUGCGUAUUCGACAGAGAGCUGUGGCCCUCUACUUCAUUGACAAGCUGGCGCUGAGAGCUGGUAAUGAAAAGGAGGAGGGAGAGACGGCAGACACAGUGGGCUGCUGUUCACUACGUGUUGAGCACAUCACACUCCAUAAGCAGCUGGAUGGCAACGAAUGUGUAGUGGAAUUUGAUUUCCUGGGUAAAGAUUCCAUUCGCUAUUACAACAAGGUCCCAGUCAUCAGUAAGGCAUUUAAGAAUCUCAAGAUUUUCAUGGAAAACAAGGACCCUGGCGAUGAGCUCUUUGACCGCCUCACUACCACCAUGUUAAAUAAGCAUCUGAGUUCCCUCAUGCCAGGUCUGACUGCAAAGGUUUUCAGGACAUACAAUGCCUCGACCACUCUGCAGCAGCAACUGAAAGAACUCACAAAUGACUCGAUGGUCAAUGAUGCAGAGAAACUUCUCGGCUACAACAGAGCGAACAGAGCGGUUGCAAUCCUCUGUAACCAUCAGCGGGCGCCGCCAAAGACCUUUGAACAGUCUAUGGCGAACCUUCAGGCCAAGAUUACUGCAAGAAAAGAGCAACUGGCACAUGCCAAGACGGAGCUGGAGCAAGCUAAGAAGGACGCAAAGGUUAAACGCAGCUCAGACCCCAAGCUGGAGAUACUGGUGGAGAAGAAGAAAGCAGCUGUGAAGCGUUGUUCGGAGAGUCUUUUGAAGCUGGAAGUCCAGGCCACCGAUCGAGAGGAGAACAAGCAGAUUGCACUGGGUACCUCCAAGCUUAACUAUCUGGAUCCACGCAUCAGUGUGGCCUGGUGCAAAAAAAUGGGGGUGCCAAUUGAAAAAAUCUACAAUAAGACCCAGAGGGACAAGUUUGCCUGGGCAAUUGACAUGACAGAGACAAACUUUGAGUUCUGAAUAUUUACUUGGACAGUUUUAUUUGCGCAAAUGCAAUUAAGGGACCUCUGUCGUUAACAUUCAGUAGUUUAACGUUACAUUCAUAAUGUUCUCUGGCUGUUUUUGUUUUCUCUCCAUGCAGUGUUGUGACAUGACCAAUGACUGCUUGAUGUUUUGACAGGUUUGCUUUGUUUGGCACUUUAUUCAUUAGAUUACUGUAGUGUUAUGUUUGUACAGUUUUGUUUGCAUUCAUCUGAAUAAAGGUUC